UAAAAAUAAAAAAUUGUACUGCUGAGGGAGGAGUCAGACAAAAGUGGAAAGCCCGGUUUGGCAGGAUGAAAACCCCACGCAGAAAUCGUCACAACAAAUUAAAAGGAGGAAGCAGGCUGACUUAAGCAGACGUGCAUCCGUGUUGCACUAACAUUACUUUCCUGUUUUUGCUCUGGGGAAGAAGUAAGGAUCAUCUAGCUGUCUCAGACCUCUACCCAGAGAAAAAGUCUGGAGGUUGAAUCUGUACUUUAAAGCCAUGGCACUGUCUACUGUAAACUAUUCAAACCGAUCGCUUCAAACAAGUACCUAUUCCCUCAGUAACAUCUAUACAGGAUACUACCCAAUACAUCACAAUAUAUCCUUUAGCUCCUACAACAUCAACAGGUCAAUCAUAUACUCUAACACUGAUGAUGACACGAGUGGUCGCAAAAAGCAGCUGGGAAAGUGUGCACCCGCUGAUCAACAGAAGGAAAACACACAGUCUCACCAGAAUGAGCGGCGGUGGUUCAGCAUCCUGAUGAACUGGGUGAGACCGAACAACUCAGCACCUCAUGUUGUAGAGUGGAAGCAUAAAUGUGUGGGUAAAAAGCAGCCUGAUGGAAGCCUCCAGUUUCUGUACAGCAUGAACACGAUCAAGUACGAUGGAGAGAACUUCCUGAUUUUUGAUGAAAAGAAGAAAGUCUGGAUCCCCGUGACUGAGAAUGCAAAACAGAUUGAGAGGAAGUUGGACCGUGAUGAGGGCCUGAAAGAGUUUAUCAUGGGAUACAUGAAGAACAAGUGCAUGGAUCUGCUGAAGGUGUUUGUGUAUUGUGAGAACGAGCAGCAAACAAAACCUCCACCCGAGGUUCACGUGUUUGCAAAGAACUCCAGUAUCAAUGCAAACCUCAUCUUGAUAUGCCUCGCCACAGGCUUCUUUACAAAAAAGAUCAUCAUGAGGAUCAAACGAAACGGGCGUGUUCUGGAUAAAGAUGAUGGCCUAAAAAGCUCAGGAGUUGUUCUAAAUUCAGACAACAGCUUUCAGAGAAGAGACCAAGUGGAGAUUUUAAAGUCUGAUGUAGCGGAGUACAGCUGUGAAGUCAUUCUAGAGGAAUUCAAUGUGCGUGUUACGAAGGAUUGGGAUCGCAAAAUUCCACCCAAAAAGCCUUUUGGAAUUGAAACUCCAUUCAUUGUUUUAAUGGGAUUCAUCGUGUUCCUGUUUAUUGGUGUACCUCUAGUUCUCAUGGUCUUUCCUAGAGUCAGACGUGGACACAACAACCGCAAAGGUAACAACUUUAUUUUUUCUCUCAGUCUUAUUAACUUUGAUCUUCAAAAGUAG